AUCUGCAUCUGUAAUUUGAUGGUGAAAUGAUUGAUUUAUGCUUUGAAGCCCAUCCCUGCUUCAAGAGUCUGUUUGACAGAGCAUUUAGAAAGCGGUUAUAGUAUUUUUCAAAGAAGCACUUGAUAGGUGAUUCUCCUAAAUUACAUUUAGAGAAAAUACUUUCACUAAAAACACUUUAAAUAAAAACCAUUAUUAAACGCAUUGUCACUUUUGCUAUUCAAUUGUGACUCGGUUUAUGUAUGAAUCUUGACUUUGAUUUUGGAUGCAGCUAGUUUUCAGUCUCAUAGUGCCAUGUUAACUUAGCAACAUGAACUGUGAAUUAAAAUUUUCAGUUGAUUAAUGAUUUCAGUGUGAUUCAGGGUAUAAUGUGGUCUUGUGAGAUUUGGAUUCUUCUUCAGUAUCAGUAGUCAAAGAUUGAUAUGAAUGUGUAUUUUGAUUUCUUAGUAGUAGGGGAUAGAGAAUAGAACUUACAGGUUGUAUACAUGAAGAAUAGAAAGCAAAAAGUGAAAUGGGUGAAGUGAUGAUUUGAAUUUUUAUAAUUAGGAUUGAGUUCAUUUUAGGUGGUGUUUGAGUUGCUUUUAGUUAUGUUUGGUUGUUGGAGACUAGUAAGCAAAGCAAAAAAAAUGUGAAGAAAAAAAAAUAUAUCAAAGAAAAUUAAAUAUUAUUAAAGUGAAUUAGAAACUUAUUAAUUUUAAAAUUAUUAGAAGUUAAUAUAAAAAUGUGAAAAUAAGUGAAUUAAUUUUUAAAGUAAUAUAUAAAUAUUUUUUUAUUAAUUUUAAAUUCAUUUUUUUUAUUUUCCUUCGAUUUUUUUUUUUUACUAUUAAAUUAAUUUUAAUGAAUCUAAUUUUAAACUAAAUUAUUUAAAAACUAUUAGCUUAAAACAUUUUUAUUUGAACUUUAAGUAUCAAAGUUAUUAGUAAAAUUAAUUUAAUUUUUUUAAAUUAUUAAAUUGAUAUGUUUAUCUUUAUUAAUUUUAAUUAAUAUUUAGUUUUAUUAAUUUUAUAUAAGAAAAUUAUUUAUAAAAAAAUAACCUGGAAUAAGAUGAAAUGAGAGAGAGAGAAAUGGGUGAAAUGAGAUUGAAUCCAUUGAAAAUUUUUGAAAGGAGAGAAUUCGUUGGUUAGUUUGUGAAGGAAAUUCGCGGCACAUUCUUUCUCGUUGGCCGAUAUAUGUCUUCUCUUCCGCGGCUGAUUCCUUAACCGCCAACACCAUGGCUGAGCCCACAAGGCCAUCAUCGUCUUCGUCGUCCUCCACCAUCACCACAACCGUAACCCGACAAAACCCAUCUCCAUCGCAACUUCAACAACAGCAGCAGCAGCAAACCACGCUGGUGCUGCGACUGAAUCGUAGGAAGAAAGUGGCAUGGAAGGACGGCACUGUCGACAACGAGUUCCUCCAGAGGAAGAGCUCCAAGAAGUGCUGCAUCUUCCACAAGCAGAAGCCCUUUGACGAGGACGAUAGCGACGACGACGACCAUCAUCGUCAUCAUGAUCAUGGCUGUCGCAAAAGCGACGGCGGAGAUCAAUCCGGUGAGGCUGGCUCCAAUGGGUGCGGUGAUCUUUGAUUGGUUGAUUGAUUUCGUUUCGGUUCUGUUGCAAGUGUAAAAUUGAAUCUUUUUACGUAUAUUUGUAUACAGAUUGUGUUUUGGAUGUGAA